CGAUCGUAGUAUCGGAGUCAAGAAAGUUAAUUUAUUUGAAUUGCUAUAGUAAAUAUUCAUUAUUCUACGCUAAAACAUGUCUUAUCAGUUGUAUCGUAAUACCACACUUGGAAAUACACUGCAGGAAACAUUGGACGAGCUGAUUCAGUAUGGUCAAAUUACCCCGGCAUUGGCAGUCCGAGUGUUGGUUCAGUUCGACAAAUCCAUCAAUGCAGCCCUAUCGAACCGAGUCAAAUCCAGGGUAACGUUCAAGGCAGCGAAGUUGAACACCUACCGCUUCUGCGAUAACGUGUGGACGCUGAUGCUGAAUGAUGUCGAAUUUCGGGAGGUGCAUGAAUUCGCCAAAGUGGACAAAGUCAAAAUUGUGGCGUGUGAUGGAAAGAAUGCUAACGUAAAUGACGAUAUUGGCCGAACAGAUCGAUAGGUUCAAAAGUCCCAACCUGCAGUGCUUCUGCUUUUUAUUUCUGUUUUAUAUGACACCCAUCUCACCCAUGGGUUUUCCUGUAGUUUAUAACCAACCAUAUGGACAAAGAAGCUGUAAUUCCCAAUAAAU